AUGGCCGAAGAGGUGGUCAAAGAGGUUAACACUUCAACCCCUGCACAAGCUGAGUCCAAGAGAGAUAUUUUCCCGGUAAACAUUACUGGAAUUAUACAUGGCAACAGUAUUCCACCCUAUCUUAGGAGGAAGGAGAAGCCAGAUCCACAUUACCGCAGAGCAUCCACUGGCUCUUGCCAUGACACCUGCAAAUUUGGUACCCAUCAUUCCUCUGAAACUAAGAAAGACGGGCCUUCUCGUCCCUGGCGUCAGGACCGCGCCAAUGCGAGGCACGGAAAACAAGACCAGGCUGAACUCGUACCACCAGGAGGCAAAUCAGGAAAGAAGGACCCGGGGCCGAAGAUUGUUUCACAUGUAAACAAGGGCAGUGGCUCUGUUAAGCCUGGUUUUACCAAGCAAAAGCCACCACUGAAAGUAGUACCUGGUCAUUCUGAAAGCUCUCCGUGUAUAGAACUGCCGGAUGAAGUAUCUGAAGACAAGUGCCUGAUCAUGUCAUUCGAUGAUCGGUCAAACUGCGGAGAUGAAGAAUUGUCAGAGGGUGCUGUAAGCAUUGAUCUGGAAAUGCCAUUGGCCAUUCAGGACAAUGACGAGUCUGACGAUCAUUCACUUGUGGAUCAUGUGUCCGGUCAUUCGGCAAUUGAAUGUGUAAGUUGUGUAAGUUCAGAGAAGAGGAGUGAUCAGACUGUGAUGGCACCAGAGAAGCACAAAAAAAAAGAGCAUGAGACUAAACCAGAGAGUUUCUCUCGGGGAUCUGUAAAACCAAAGACGAAAGCAACAUCGACUGCAACUAGAAACACGGUGUCCAGCCACAAAACCGGAGUAAAGUCACAGCAGAAGGUUGCAGGCACAUCAGUUGAAAGCUCUGACAGACCAAGGACAAUAGCGAAAAGGGCAGAUGUUAGUGCUACUAGCAAGUUCAAUGGGGAUAAGAAACCGCAGUUGAUUGUGGCAUCAACUUCUCUGAAAUUGAAGGAAAUCAAAGCACCAUCACCAGCUAGUGCGACAGAUUCCAAAUCUACUAGGUUCUCAAAGCUGAAGGCUUUAGCAACCAAAAUUGCUCCAGCCCCAUCACCUACUUCAGGAAAACAGACAGGUAGAAAGAUGGCAGAGGAGAAUGUUGCAAGGAAAGAUUCUCUACUUGGCCAAAAAAAGGGAGAGGAGAAGGUUACAAUAUUGAGUCCACUGAAGCUGUCUCGUUCUAUAAACAUGUCAGCCAAGUCUCUUUUAAGCCCAAGGAUUAGAGCAGCCAAGAAAACAACUUCUGCUUCCCCAAUGAAGAGUAAGAAGGUUUAUGGGAUAGAAAGUUCUUCUGUUCACAAGGAGAAAAUAGUGAAGACAACUUCGCCAAAAAUACGAAAACCAGAUGUUAACAACAAAGAGAGGAAAUCUCACAAAGAAAAGGCUGUUGUUGUGAAAACUGAAGGUGCAGGAAGGCCAAUGCCAUCAUCCACAUCCUCAACCUCAAGCACCCUGAGGCAGUUACCUCGCAAGCUAACGUUUCGCCGAGCCAAGGUGCUAACUAAACUUGCUAGCAGCUCUGACAGCAAUAGUCCCAGACGAGUCCGGUUCAGGCCCGCAAAGGCUACUGAUGAUAGAAACAUAAGCAAAGAUCCCACCAGAGGAAGGGUCACCAGGAAGAGGGGCGCUGUAGCUUCUGUUGCAUCUAGAGAUUCAGGCGCUUCACGAGCUGAAGUCAUUGUCCUGAGGCAUCAGGACACCAAUGAGAAGAAGAGAGAGCAGCGAUCCUUAAACAAGGUUAUCAAGGAGACGGCAAACAGGCUCGUCGAGGCAAGGAAGAGCAAGGUGAAGGCACUUGUAGGUGCGUUCGAGACCGUGAUCUCCCUUCAGGAAAAGCAAGGCCGGUCCAGCUCCGUGAGCGUUUCCUGA